CUCCAAAACACCCCUCAUUGACAGAUAAAUACGGGUUCUUUAUCCCAUCCCUGUCGGUUAAUGGAACAUUCCCAGGGGAAUCCCCCUUCCGUAAAGGUGAGUCACGCCGGGGAUUUCCGCUGUCGGGAACUUCCGCUUCCGCUGGUGCCAGUCGUGAGCUGAGACAGACCAACAGUUUUAUCUCUAGAUGGAAGCAAAAGGUCAAUAAACCAGAGUGCGGUCGACAUAGAUGCGUGUUCAUCGGGAUAUUUAAGAACUAUAUAAGGUAAUGUGAAGACACUUGCGGACAAAACCUUCUUUUUCGUAUUUGAUACACAAGGAAGACUCUAAUUGCAUAACCAAAGAAAACACUGCCAGGAGGAACAAAUAUGUCACACACAGCGCUGUCUACAGUGGUGGACGAAUUUCGGGAACUAGACUUAAUCUUUAAAAGCGGUUCUGAUCUGGAUGUUGUAGAGAGGGGAUACGCACGGAAGUUGGUUCACGCUAUAAGUACUCAAAAUCAGGUUUUGGAGUGUGAAGCUUUGAAAGGUCUCGGAGAUUUGUACCUGCACAAAGCAAAGAUGAACAAGCAUAAAGCAGAGAACUUCCACAAGGCCUGCUCGUUGUACACAGAACUCUUACGGUAUUACACUAGUACUGAGGAGAAGCAAGUUGUACAGCAUCGCAUCAGAUAUGCAGAGAAGUGUACAAAACUGGUCCAUGAACAAGAGGUUCUAAAAGCCUUUGCUACGAAUACAGGCAAUACCAUAUUGGCUGUGUCCACGACCCUUCACGAAGUGAAAAAGAAGUCGAAAGGACAUGCGAUGCACUUGAUUGAAGGUUAUACAAAUUCUUUAGUGAAAGCAAUCAUGGAAGGAAACAAACGUUUGGAAAUAGAAUCCUUGAAGAGCCUGGGAGAUGUGUAUCUAGAGAAGGGAAGGGUUGGUAAGGACGAGACAGCGUUCAGUAAAUCAGCUGGUCUGUACCGAGCGGCGCUGGACCGCUGUGAAGAUUCAGACGGCAGAGAAACGCUAAGACACCGCAUCAAGUACGCAGAGAAAGUCAAGGAACAAGAACGCAAGAAAAACCGAGAAACGGGACGGACCAGAAACAAGAAAGAUGGAAACAGCAGCAAAGAGAAACAAGAAGGUUUCACAGACAGAACGUACCAAGAGCAGCUACAGGAAGGCUGCAGGGCCCUGCAGACAGGGGACCUGGACACGGCAGAACGGAACUUUGCAGCUGCGCUCAAGGCCGUUCAUGUGAAAGGUCAGCACUGGAAAGAGACAGAGCCCCUUUGCAAGUUAAGCGAUGUCUACCUGAAGAGAGGAGAGAAGUCAAAAGACGGAGGUGAUUUCACCAAGGCUGCAGCACUCAGUAACGCAGCACUGGUGAGAGCAAAGGUAGUAAACAAAGAGGACAUCAAACAUACAAUACAGAGAAUAACACAAUCUUUUGUUAAGCACGUCCUGAGUAUCGAACAAACGGUACCCACGGAUGACGCAGAGAAACACAAAUCAAUGUUAACAGAAUGCCGCUGUUUUGUGGAAGAAGAGAUCAAAAGAAUUGAGCAGCAAAUAGAUCCUUAUGGCCUAGAUGACAACGACCCAGAGAUAACGGUGGUAGAGAAGAAGAGAGUGGAAGCAAACAAAGCCUUGUUUGACACAAUUGUUAAUCAGCGAAAAACAUUCAUAGCUGACCUUGUAGAUGAGUGUAUGGAGGUUAUGGGCCCCCCUCCCUGCAAAUACGCCAUGAUAGGACUGGGUUCACAGGCCACAGGACUAGUAACGCCUUACUCCGAUCUGGAAUUUGCUAUUCUGAUAGGGGAGGAAACAGAAAACAGUCUAGAAUACUUUCACACACUAACACAUUACCUUCAUCUCAAAGUGAUCAAUCUUGGGGAAACCAUUCUCCCGGCCAUGGCGAUCAAGUCUCUCAAUGACUUCGAGUCAAAGAACAAGCUUGACAACUGGUUCUAUGACUCUGUAACGCCACGUGGAUUUUCUUUCGAUGGAGCCAUGCCACAUGCAUGUAAAACCCCACUAGGGAGAGGUAAAACAUGUCUCCUUAUUCGCACACCAAGUCACAUGGCAAAUUUUCUUGAAGAUGACGUUAAGCUACAUCUUAAGAAAGGCUACCACCUAGCGAGUGUGUUGGGAAAUGUAUCAUUAAUUACUGGAGAACAAGGCUUGGUCGAUAAAUACACCGUUGCAUGGAAUCAGCAACUGAAGAAAAAUGGAAGUGAAAUUGCCAGGCUGCUAGCAAACACUGUGUUGAUGGAAAAUACCAAGACUUUCGAAAUGCAGGAUCCGACUGCCCGAAUGCUGAAUGUAAAGAAAGAAGUUUAUCGCUUUUCAAGCCUUGCUGUAUCUUGUUGGGCACUGCUCUGUGACAUACAGCCGACCACAAUCUGGGAGACUAUCCAGAAUAUGCACAAGAAGGGUGCCAUUAGUGAUGAGAACGCACAUCACUUAAUGGUUCUGGUCAGCAUCUCAGCAGAACUGAGGUUGCGAACUUACAUGAACAAUCGUGGUCAGGUGGAAAACAUGUCAGUCUUAUCGUCAAUGUCAGUCAAUGAUGACAUGGAGGAAAAAACAAAGAGAAUUUUUCACUUCUCCAACGUAAAACAGCUCAUGAGAUACUACUACACGGCAACACCUUUAAAGUACUUUGUUCCGCAACUUAGCAACGGUCAACCAGUAGAAGAGCCCUCGAUUCUAUUUGACAACUCUUUACUACUGCAAGCAGAUGUAUACGAAAGUCUGUGCGACUACAACCAAUCAAAGACAUGCCUUGAACAGGCCCUUCAAACAGUGCUAUCAACACACGGAACGGGUGCGAUUCAUCCUCACAUUGACGGGUUGCUUCAUAAGAUGGGUCACGCCUGGUAUUACCUUGGUGAUAACAGAAAAGCCGUCAACUAUUAUCAGCAGUCAUUGCAGAUGAAGCGGAGUAUCUAUGGUAAAGGCAAAGCACAUCAUAAUAUCGCCUCGUCACUAAACGACUUAGGUGCCGCCUGGAAGAACCUUGGUGAUUACAGAAGGGCCGUCAGCUAUCAUGAACAGGCACUAGAGAUGAGGCGGAGUAUCUAUGGUGAGGGCAACGCACAUUCUGACAUUGCUUCGUCACUAGGCAACUUGGGUAACACCUGGAGUCACCUUGGUGAUUAUAGAACGGCCGUCAGCUAUCAUGAACAGGCGCUAGAGAUGAGGCGGAGUAUCUAUGGUGAGGGCAAUGCGCAUCCUGAUAUCGCCUCCUCACUUAACAACAUGGGCAGUGUCUGGAGUCACCUUGGUGAUUACAGAAAGGCCAUCAGCUAUCAUGAACAGGCACUAGAGAUGAGGCGGAGUAUCUAUGGUGAGGGCAAUGCGCAUCCUGACAUCUCCUCGUCAUUAGGCAACUUGGGUACCGCCUGGAGUUACCUUGGUGAUCACAGAAAGGCCGUCAAAUAUUUUCAACAGUCACUAGAAAUAAAACGUAUUAUCUAUUGUGAGGGCAAUGCACAUCCUGAUAUCGCCUCCUCACUUGACAACUUGGGCAAUGCCUGGAGUGACCUUGGUGAUUACAGAAAGGCCGUCAGCUAUUAUGAACAGGCACUAGACAUGAGGCGGAGUAUCUAUGGUGAGGGCAAAGCACACCCUGAUAUCGCCUCGUCAUUUAACAACUUGGGUACCGCCUGGAGUUACCUUGGUGAUCACAGAAAGGCCGUCAAAUAUUUUCAACAGUCACUAGAAAUGAAACGUAGUAUCUAUGGUGAGGGCAACGCACAUUCUGACAUUGCCUCGUCACUAGGCAACUUGGGCAAUGCCUGGAGUCACCUUGGUGAUUACAGAAAGGCCGUCAGCUAUCAUGAACAGGCACUAGAGAUGAUGCGGAGUAUCUAUGGUGAGGGCAACGCACAUUCUGACAUCGCUGCGUCACUUAACAACUUGGGUAAUGUCUGGGGUGGCCUUGGUGAUUAUAGAAAGGCCGUCAGCUAUCAUGAAAAGGCACUAGAGAUGAGGCGGAGUAUAUAUGGUGAGGGCAACGCACAUCCUGACAUCGCCUCGUCACUUAACAACUUGGGUAAUGUCUGGGGUGGCCUUGGUGAUUUUAGAAAGGCCGUCAGCUAUCAUGAACAGGCACAAGAGAUGAGGCGGAGUAUCUAUGGUGAGGGCAACGCACAUCCUACCAUCGCCUUGUCACUUAACAAAUUGGGUACCGCCUGGAGUCACCUUGGCGAUCACAGGAAGGCCGUCCGCUAUUUUGAACAGGCACUAGAGAUGAGGCGGAGUAUCUAUGGUGAGGGCAACGCACAUCCUGACAUCGCUUCGUCACUUAACAACUUGGGCAAUGCAUUGAGUCACCUUGGUGAUCACAGAAAGGCCGUCAGCUAUCAUGAACAGGCGCUAGAGAUGAGGCGGAGUAUCUAUGGUGACAUGGCGCAUCCUGACAUCGCGGAGUCACUUAGAAACUUGUGCGUUGUCUGGAGAGACUUUGGUGAUCGCAGAAAGGCCGCCUCUUACUACGCUCAGUUUACACGGAUAAAGCAGAUGAUUGAUGGCACUAUAGGCCCUGACAUUGCUAAUAUACUGAAAAACUUUUUGUGUCCCACAAAUUGUUCAAUAGCUACACAGAAAGCAGUUAAAUGAGAAAGUAUCAUUAACAAUGAUAAUGAGCUAUGACGAAUCGAUGUUGUUUUGAAAACGAACAGCUGUGUUGUUUGGUAUAAAUUAUAUUACUAAAUCAUAUUAUCUAUUAUGAUUUCAUACUACUUCCAUAUGUACAUUUGAGUUACGUUGGUUGAUUUGACUUAUGAUUUUACUUUUGUUAUACAAUGCUUAUAUUUAUUUUACUAUAUCAUAUUACCUAUUUAUUAUGAUUUCAUACUACUUCCAUUUGAUUUGAUUUAUGUUGUCAAGUUGGAUAGUUCCACUUCUUUUGUUCUGUUCUUUUGUUGAAUAAAAAAAAUGAAAAAAAAAUUGCUGUCACAUAUGCAUGUUUCCCUUUUUUUUAAAACAUUGCAAUCUCCAGCAAUGUACAAACAUUGCAAGAUCCAGCAAUGUACAUGUGGAUACGUAGUAUUGGAGGACCCACAACUGUAUCGUUUUGAAUACUAUCUUAAUUCCACAAUGAUAUUCACCAUCAAUUAACUAAUCCAAUAGAAUGUUUGAAACUAGUGAAAACUGUCAUUAUGGUCAAGUAAACCGUAUGGAGAAAUAAUGUAAAAUACAGAAA